AUGCCUCAAUUGCGCAAGAGUAAACCAGUCGCUGCUAUAGACACCUAUCCAGAUAGUCCGGACACCAAGAAACGCAAGCGAGGUGGUGCAACCGUUGUCGAUGGACCAGAGAGUGAACUCAAUGCGAGGAGCCGAAAGCGCACAAAACCAGCGGAGGAUCGCGCGGACAUCACACAGAAAACUCAGCGAAAGACGAACAAGGAAGUCACCGUAGCCGUCAAGGAGGAAGUAACCACCAAAGCCAGUCCGGUGGCAAAGGGCAAAGCGGCGCUGAAGAAGGAGGUUGAGGUGACGAUCGAGCAAAGCGAGCAGCCCACCUCGGACACUUCCAAACGGAGAGCGAAGGCGAAUGUUAAGAAAGAGGCUGAAUCGGAAGGGUCCGAGCUUGAAGGAGACAAAGCAGAGCAGAAAGAGCUCACCAAACCCAAGCGAAAACGCAAAACGAAAGAAGAAAAGGAGACCGAGGCGAUGCCUUUUGCUCCUAGAACUGUCGGGCUUAAGAUGUACGUGGGCGCUCACACAAGUAUAGCGAAAGGGGUGGAAAAUGCAGUUACAAAUUGCGUCCAGAUCGGAGGCAACGCCUUUGCAUGUUUCCUCAAGUCGCAGCGGAAAUGGGAGAACCCUGCGUUGAAGGAUGAGAAUAGAGAUGCGUUCAAGAAGGCGCUGAUAGACCACAAGUUUGACGGACUGUCACAUAUCGUCCCACACGGAUCAUACCUGGUCAACCUCGCCACCGAGGAUGAGGACAAGGCAAAGCAGUCUUAUGAUGCGUUCAUCGACGAUCUUCACCGGUGCGAGGCCCUCGGGAUUCGGUACUACAACUUUCACCCAGGAGGAGCUGGACAAAGUCCCUUCGCAGAAGCGAUCACCCGACUCGCCACCAGACUCAACCGGGCGCUGGCAGAAACGAAAACUGUUGUCCCACUGUUAGAGAAUAUGGCAGGCCAUGGCACACUGAUUGGCGGGCGAUUUUCAGAUCUCCGAGACGUCAUCUCUCAGAUCAAGCCUGAGUAUAGGUCUCGAAUUGGUGUCUGCAUCGACACAUGCCACGCAUUCGCGGCAGGUUACGACCUGCGCAGUCCGGAGGACUUCAAGAAGACCAUGGACGAGUUUGACAGUGUCGUCGGCUUCAAAUACCUCAAAGCCAUGCACCUGAACGACUCCAAGAUGCCAUUAGGCAGCCACCGAGACCUCCACCAGAAUAUUGGCCUGGGAUUUCUGGGACUCCGUGCAUUCCACAACGUCAUGAAUGAACCGCGCUUCCAGAACCUGCCUUUGAUACUCGAGACACCCUGCGAAAAACCAGACCCAGGCGAUCCAAAGGGAAAGAAAAUGAUCGAGGACAAGAGUAUCUGGGCGACGGAGAUCAAACUUUUGGAGAGUCUGAUCGGCAUGGACCCGGAGAGCGAAGAGUUUCAGCGACUGGAGAACGAGUUGAGUGAAAGAGGCAAGGCGGAGAGGGACCAGAUGCAGGCGCAAUAUGAGAGAUUGAGGGACAAGAAGCUGGAGCAGGAGAAGAAGAAACUGUCCAAAGAAAAACAGGCCGAGAAGGGCCAGAAGAAUUUAAUGGACAUGUUUGGUGGAAAACAGAGCGCCAACGGUGCGGCAAGGGGGGAGAAGCAGAAGGGCCGCAAAAGGGGAAAUAGUUCGGAAAGCGAGUCAAGUGAACUCAGCGAGCUGAGCGAUGAAGAGUGA